GUGAGGUUAAGUCACAUGGUUUUCCGAAAAUGCCAAAGAGGCAGCUGGAGGGUUCGGAUAACAAAUCACGAAGUUUUCAUGGAGAAAAUGAGUGCAAGAGGGACUGCUGAGGCACGCAAAUGCUUGAGAAAACAGAAGAGGGCAAAACACAGACUUGCCAGGGACAUGGAAAUUAAUUGUUGUGAUACUUCUACUCAGAAUCUGGUAAUCUGUAAUGCUGGAUUGGUAACUGGAUUUACACGUCAGAGGCUAGAAAACAUUCUCCGCAAUUGCGGGAAUUUAAUGGAGAACUAUGAAAUAUUUAUGCCUCCAGGGAAAUCAUAUUGUUUUAUCCAAUUUUCAAGUCGAGAAUUGGCUUUGACAUUUUAUGAUCGGCUUAAUGGACACAUAAUUGAAGGAGAAGAGUCUCCCCUGUAUUUAACAUUCUCCGAAUCAUUACCGAAGCUGGAAGAUGCGCUGGCGUCUCCGGACCUCCCUCCAGGGCUGAAAAUUAUCGAGGACUUCAUAACACCUGAGCAAGAAACUUUUCUGUUAGAAAAUAUUGAUUGGAACGAGGAGGAUUCCUCCUCAGAGCUUAAACAUCGUAAAGUGAAGCAUUUCGGGUUCAAGUUUCGUUAUGACAGCAAUCAAGUCGAUCCAAACGAUCCCAUCAUUCCAAUUCCGGAGGAUUUUAGAUUCCUUCAAAAGCUGUUCGAGAGACACGACUGUGGACAAUUUGUUUACGAUCAAUUGACCAUUAAUCGCUAUUCACCUGGCCAAGGAAUUCCACCUCAUAUAGAUACUCACAGUGUCUUUGAGGAUCCAAUUCUAAGUCUCUCUCUCGGCUCGCUAUGCGUAAUGGAUUUUAAGAGGUGUGAGAAGAAAAUUUCCAUUCUUCUCCGUCCCCGGUCACUGGUUGUAAUGUCUGGGGAGUCUAGGUAUGCCUGGACUCACGGUAUUCGUCCUAGACACAGUGACAUCGUGGCAGGUGAUAAUGGAAUCACAACGAGACAGAGAGGCACUCGUAUAUCAUUCACUUUUAGAAAAGUGAAGAAUGGAAAUUGUCAGUGCGAUUUCGACGAGUAUUGUGAUACGGUGAACAGACACAAGAAGAAUAUAGAUGACUCUGUAGCUCCAAGACUAGAAUUGUCUCAUGUGCAUGAGGUGUACGAAGAAAUUUCAAGUCAUUUCGAUGAAACGAGACAUAAACCGUGGCCCAAUGUGACUAAAUUCCUUGGCAGUAUUCAACCUGGAAGUUUCUUACUUGAUGUUGGAUGUGGAAAUGGGAAAUACCUGAAUGAAACCCCUGGAAUUUUUAAGGUUGGCUGCGAUAGGAGUUCAGGCUUAACUGGGAUUUGCAGAAAAAGAUCCUUUGAAGUACUGCUAUCCGACUGUCUUCAAUUACCAUUUAAAUCGAACUCUGUAGACGCUGCAAUAAGCAUUGCAGUGAUUCAUCAUCUUUCCACGCCAGAAAGACGGAGAUUGGCAUUUUCGGAAAUUCUCAGAGUACUGCGACCUGGGGGGAGGUGUUUGAUAUAUGUUUGGGCUAAGGAACAGCACAGAAACUCCAAGGACUCGUCCUACCUUCGGACUAACCUUAAAAAAAGCGAGGAUUCCGAGGGCAGGGAAUUGCAGAAAUUCUUUCAGGGGCUUGCUCUACCUGUUCACGAGAAUCGAACGAGUUUUAACCACAGUGAUGUUCUUGUUCCCUGGAAGAGGAAGGGAGGGGGCGAGUUCUUUCGAUAUUAUCAUGUUUUUGAGGAAGGAGAGUUUGUAGAACUUUGCAAAGGUCUUUUUGAAUCCACAAUUGAGAAGAUUUACUACGAUCAAGGGAAUUGGUGUACAAUUUUAAAGAAAAUAUAGAUUUUUUUUACCAUCAACUUAUUAUCCACUAAUUUUUUUUUUUCGAGUAUUCAUUCGGAGAAUGUGUUGUUUUUAGUUAAACAACCCAAAAUUUACCUAGUUGUUUCUGCUGCGAGACCUGGAGAAGAAUUUCGGCUCGGGUGACACGCAAUACCUGUAUCUAUAUGAAUUAAUAGAAUUGUUUUAUUUUUAACACUAUUUGAUUGACUCAUGAGCCAGAAAAGUUUACGGAAUCAAGGGAAUUGGUGUAGAUUUUUUGAAAAAAAAUAUAGCUGUGUGGUUGAUUUAUUAUCACUUCAUUUUAUAUUAAUCAAUGAAGAAAGUAUUUUUCAACAAAUAAAAGGUAAUAAACACGUCCAGUUCAUUCAUCUUCACAUAUGAUUUCUCGUUAAUUCGUAAAACAAUUUUUUUUUUUCGAAAAGUUUAUUUAAUCCCUAAGAGAUAUACAAAACAAACAUUUCCUUUGCAACUAUUAUAAUUCCCUAAAAUAAUGCAGGAAAUUUGUCAUGAGUUUUCAUUUUACUUCAUUCGUCUGAUGAAUUCUGUACUUUGAAUCUUAAACGUCGGUGUGAUGGAACACCACACGAUGUUCGCACUGCAGUAUUAAAAUUUAAUCACUCAUUACUUAAAUUCCAUCGAGUGGAUGCCCGCGAUACAAAUGAAACUCUCACACGUGUCCGAAUCCUCAUUCUCUUCCAUAAGUGCUUUUGUUUCGAUAUCCAGCUAUGCUCUAAAAUUAUGCACAUCUGCAAAUCAGUAUUAAAAUAUUACAAUUUCAUAUUUUACAGUUGAUUUUAUCCCAUUUAUUAAUUGUUUUUUUUUGUCAUUUUUCUUUCACUAACUCUCAUUUUUAUGGAGAAAGAAAAACGGGAGGAAAUAAAGGGAAAAUUCCUCUCCCUCAUUCCUCUGAUGCCCUGGGGAAAUUGGCUUUCACUCGUUAUCACACACGGCUUCAGAAGAAUCGGGUGAAAAAUGAUUAAAUAAAGUGUGAAAGUAGAAGGGACGAUCGAAGUGCGAUUCACCAAUGUCCGGACAUGUUUCCAAAUAAUCUUCACACGGUUUAAUAUUCCCCCAUCAGCUCCCAGUCGAGUCAAGAUUGCAAUCGUGAUACUGCAGCAGAUGUCUCUUGCACCUCUUCCACAAGAAUAAAAUUAUCAUAAAUUUGGUAUUGAUUGAAAUUUUCGUUCGAAUCUUGAAAUAUUUCAGUUUUUUUUCUGACGGUUUUAUUCAAACUUGGAAGAGAUCUGUACAUAACUAGAAGUCUAGGAAUGUCAACAUUACAAGAAACGACAAUAAUUUAUUACAAUACAGCUGUACACCCAGGCAAAAUGACUCUUGGCAGCAUUUUUGUAUAUUUCUUUCGGUAUUAAGAAUUUGUUACUCAUGUUUAAAUUAACUCUUAUUACUUAUUAACUUCAUCGCAUUCCUUUCGCGUUCAAUUAAUUGAUCUAAAUAACCUCAAAUUGCUGUUGUUUUAACUGUAGUUGUACUCUUUAUUGUUAUUGCGAAAACGGAGGAUGAACAAUGACGAGAUUGACAGGCUCGUUUUUUUUGUUUUUUUUUUUUAAAUAAUUUCAAAAUGGUUUCCUUUAUCUUCUUAUUGAUCUCGUUGAAAAGUAAGCACACUUGUACACGUACAGAAACACUCAUUCCCAUGAGAAAAGAAAUUCGAAGGAUUUUUAACACUCGUGAGAAAUAAAAAGAGCUCUUUUCAAUGAUUAAGUAACACGAGAAGUCAAUAACUCACGCUAAAUUCAAUGUUUAUUACUCCAUCAUCACAAUAUUUUGCUAGAAAAAAAAAUCAAUUUUUUAAUUUCAAACAUUCCAUCAAAGGAAAUUAAGCGCAUUUUAACAACUAAAUACUUUACUCCUCUAUCAAAUUAAGAUUUUUAAAUUUGUAUUUAAUCGAAGAACGCACACUCGCAAAACGUGGGACAGGAAAAAAAUUGCUAAAAAAAUUAAAGAUACAAAAUGACUGAGGAAAAGGAAACUGCUGACUUUUUCAUUCUACAAAAUAGUUAUUUUCCUCUUGAAAUUUGAAAAAAGAGAACGACGACCCUUGGACAUCUGCUUUCCUUAUUUCACCUCAUUGGGCUCUUUAUUUUUAUAAUUUUCUGCGAUGUCUCAUGGACUUUCACGAAGUUUCAUUCCUGUCAAAUUGAUUUUAUCUCAUACUUGAGGUAUGCAUUUACCUAUUUAAUUACUCUUUCCAUGGUGAUUUUUUCUGUUGCUCUCAAUCUUACUAUGAAUUAUGUUAAAAUACAAAUUCCACGCAUACCAUUAAAUCUCUCUCAUUCAGAUUUGUUUUAUUUAUUUUUUCUUUUUCCUCUUUUACAACAUAAUAGCUUCAUUCACUCUCGUACACAAUGUUUCGGUUCUGUUAUUUAUUUUUUUUAAAUUAUUAUUACUUUUUUUUCAAUUUUUUGUAUUUUAACUCAACUUUUCAAAGUAAUAAUUAUUAAACACUGAGGUGUUAGGGAGGGACAAGAGUGACAAUAUUGAAUGAAGAAAAUUGAGAGAAUGAGAAGUACGUGAAAAAUAAUGAAGAAAAAAAAACAAAAUUGAUAAUU